GGUGCACUGGCAUAAGAUUACACUGGCUUUGAAGACAUUUCCUUGGCAUAAUUUCAGUAAUUGCUGGUAUGUGUAUCAGUUUAUACCUGAAAGGCUGAAAACAUUUUGAGUAUCUAACAUCCUUGAGUAGAAGUCGCACCAGUUUUCAUCAAGUUUGUGUUGUUCGAUGGCGCGCUUGUUCCGUUCCCUUUCCCUCAGAAAAACCCUAACCCUAACCCUCCAACUUCUGCAUCAACAACAACAAUUAUGCAUUUCUCGCCACCUGCCCCGAAGAACUUACAUCUCCGACAUGCGCAAAUCAGCUUUCGAAGGAAACAUUUUGAGACUCCUUCGCAACGAGAUUCAGUUGGAGCUUCAAUCUUCUCCUCCCAGCAACCCUGUUACCAAGUUUGGUUCCUUUAUGGUGGAUGGCCGACCUGGGGACCGAUGGAUUACAUUGAAAAGAAAAUUUGAAGACGAAGAUGUUAAAGUUGAAGUCACCAUGUUUGAUGGAGCUGUUCCUGCUCCGAGUGCAAGUGGUGGUGUAGCUACUGUGGAUGACGUGCAGCUACACAUUACUUUAAUUGUGAGUAUCUCCAAGGGAGAAGGUGGUGUCCUGGAAAUCAUGUGCUCUGCUUGGCCAGACAGUAUAGAGAUAACAAGGCUGUUCAUACGUUCAAAUGAGAAGAUGCUAGCUGAGCCCUAUGCUGGUCCUGAUUUCAAGGAAUUGGAUGAUGAGUUGCAAGAUAGCCUUUAUGAUUACUUGGAAGCUAGGGGUAUAAAUGAUGACCUUGUCAUUUUCCUGCAUCAAUACAUGAAACACAAGGAUAAAACAGAGCUCGUAAGAUGGAUGGAAAGGGUUAAAUCUUUUAUUGAAAGGAAAUAAGAGCACUGAAAUUUCAAUGUUCUAGAUGAGAUAAGCCAUUAGAUCAUAUCUCUCGUGUAUUUUGUCAGUGAAAUCUGAAUCUAAGCAGGUAUACAUUUUUGUUUUUCUGGUGACCAAUGCUUCAGAUUUAUAGUUGGUGCUGGUGGAGCUUGCAUUAACAUAAAUAGGAAAUGGCCGUAUUGUAUUUGUGAUUUUUGCUGUGGAUCCCUUUCUCCCCGAGAAAAAGGAGAGAAAACAAAACAUAGUUACUUACCACAUCUUUA